UUGCAGCCUGGAAAAGUCGUCACUUUAAAUUUAUUGUUCAACGCAGACAAACGUUUUUUUUUCAUUAAAAUUGGAAAUGUAUUCACAAUAUGGUGGCAGAUACUCGAGAUCGAAACAAUUAAUAAAUAGAUAUCCAGGAUUGCGAUCAUCUCGUAGUCAAUCGCUUGGAAAAAUUCCGUCUCGUAGUCGAUCUUCUGAAAGAUUUCGCUAUCGAAAUUCAUAUCGGAGUCCAUUCAUUCAAAGAAUUCCGUCACGAAGUUCAUCACUUAAUAGAUUUCCAUCUCGAAGUUCAACCCGAAGACGAAUUCCAUCGCUGGUCAGAUCCGGCACAAGAAGAACAUUCAAUCGGAAUCCAUACCGGAGUCCAUCGAUUCAAAGAAUUCCGUCACGAUUUCCAUCGCGAAGUUCAUCCCUUAGACGAAUUCCAUCACUGGUCAGACCCGGCCCAAGAAGAACAUUGAAUCGGAAUCCAUACAGGAGUCCAUCGAUUCAAAGAAUUCCGUCGCGAAGUUCAUCCCUUAAUCGAUAUCCAUUUCGAAGUUCAUCCCUUAGACAAAUUCCAUCACGUGGCAGAUCCGGCACAAGAAGACCAUUCAACCGAAAUACAUACCGGAGUCCAUCGAUUCACAGAAUUCCAUCGCGAAGUUCCUCCCCUAGACGAAUUCCAUCACUGGUCAAAUCCGGUCCAAGAAGAACAUUCAAUCGGAAUCCAUACAGGAGUCCAUCGAUUCAUAGAAUUCCGUCGCGAAGUUCAUCCUUUAAUCGAUAUCCAUUUCGAAGUUCAUCCCUUAGACGAAUUCCAUCACGUGGCAGAUCCGGCACAAGAAGACCAUUCAACCGGAAUACAUACCGGAGUCCAUCGAUUCAAAGAAUUCCGUCGCGAAGCUCAUCCCUUAAUCGAUAUCCAUCUCGAAGUUCAUCGCUUAGACGAAUUCCAUCACGGGGCAGAUCCGGCACAAGAAGACCAUUCAACCGGAAUCUAUUCAGUAGUCCAUCGACUCAAAGAAUUCCGUCGCGAAGUUCAUCCCUGAACCGAUAUCCAUCUCGAAGUUCAUCCCUAAGACGAAUUCCAUCACGGGGCAGAUCCGGCACAAGAUAUCUAAGAUCAUUCAACCGGAAUCCAUAUCGAUCCAUUCAAAGACUUCCGUCCCGAAGUUCAUCCAUAAUGGGGAGAAAAACAUACCGGAAACCAUUCAUUCGAAGCAUACCGUCACGAAAUCGAUCCAAGGGAGGCUCAUUAGGAAGGUACAACCGUUUUGCACGCAGUUCGUCAGGUCCGGCUUAUAUUCGCAAAUACAAACCGAAAAGAUGUGAUAUUUGUGAUGGCGGUAGGACAAAGACUAGAUCGAGCAGAGGCGAAUUUCGGAACAGUGGUUAUGGAAGGGUGGUGUACUGACUGACGUUGAUAAUCGCAGUAAAAGAAUUACUAAAUUUCACUGCAAUGUAUGUUGUAUUCAGUAUUAAAGGAAAAGUUCAGA